AUGAAGAGCGAUGUCGAAAAUCUGGGUCUAUUUAUUCGUCAAAAGCUUCGAGAUAUAUGUAAACAGAGGAAGGUGCCUUGCCCGGAAAUCUUGAUAAGGGGUGCCUAUGUAUUGAUCAAGAAUAGAAAAUUCAAAAAUACUAUGCAAUUCAAAUCACCUGUCCUAGCAAUAUUGUUAGGAUGGGACUAUCGAGAGUGGAAUGGAGCACCUAUCAAAUCCUUAUUAAGUACUAUGGAUCUACAAGGUUAUGAGGAUACUAGAAAUCAAUCUCGUAAAAGGGAAUUGGUUUUGAGUGAGGACAUGUCCAAUAAAAUAUCGAGAAGUGAUGGAGGAGAAUAA